ACAAGAUUACAUCUAAAAAGCUGCCACAACCAAGAACAUGGAAAGUUUACCAAAAUAUUUCCUAUUCUGGAACAUCACUCUGUUAUGGACCGCCAUUUUCAUUACCCAUGGCCACACGAAUGACGUGGACUCCACAAGUCUCUCCGCCAUUGACUACCAAAAACAAUCAGCUAUUCUGACCAAACUAUCUAGCGUUGAGUCAGCCAUUCAAACAAUCAAUUCUCGCCUACAACAACUAGAAACACAAUGUCAAAAAAACAACACCAGUGCAUUGAAAAACCUCGAACUAAAAAUCGAUCAACUGGAAGCUCGUUCGAAAGUCGCCCCUAUUCCAGAAAACUGCCAACAAGUCAAAGCUCAGGGUCAUAACGUCAGCGGUAUUUUCCUGGUGAAACCCAAGUAUGCCUCAGACCCUUUUUUGGUCUCUUGCGACAUGACCACGCGAGACGGUGGCUGGACGGUUUUUUUGAACAGAUUCGAUGGAUCUGUGGACUUUUAUGUAAAUUGGGAUAGCUACCAACACGGUUUUGGAAAUCUGGCGGGAGAGUUUUGGCUGGGUUUGGAAAAAAUUUACCAAUUGUGUGGUUAUCAAGUUAACGAGCUGCUGGUAGAGGUGGCUGGGUCCGACAACAAGGCAGCUUUUGCUCAUUACAACCAGUUUGGUAUUGGUAGUUCACUGGAGGGUUAUCAUUUGAAAACUGUGAAUGGGUUCAGUGGAAGUGCUAGCAACCCUCUUGUUUACCAUGCUGGUGCAAAAUUUACCACAAAAGACCGAGAUCAAGAUUCUCUUCCUAAAGCGAAUGCGGCGGUUACGUACAAAGGAGCAUGGUGGCAUCGCGACGGCCAUUAUGGUCAGCUCACCGGACUCUAUAAAACCGCAAAUCAGUACCAGAGUCCUCGCUGGGGAGAACGAUAUAACUUGAAAAAGGCUAGAAUGAUGAUUAGACCACAAUCUGAUAACACUCUUCUAUAAAACCACUUUUGUAAAAAGAAAAAAAAAUAAAUAUCAAUUCAUUA